UAAUAAAGAUUUUAUUCUCCGUUUAGGUAUGGCAGAUUUUCGGACAUUUUUUGCAAAAGCCAAGCACAUAGUCAUCAUUUCAGGGGCUGGUGUUAGUGCCGAAAGCGGGGUUCCGACCUUCAGAGGAGCCGGAGGUUACUGGAGAAAAUGGCAGGCUCAGGACCUGGCAACCCCGCAGGCCUUUGCCCACAACCCGUCUCGCGUGUGGGAGUUCUACCACUACCGGCGCGAGGUUGUGCGCACCAAGGAGCCCAACCCCGGGCACCUCGCUAUUGCCGAGUGUGAGGCCCGGCUAGGCAGACAGGGACGGCGGGUCAUGGUCAUCACCCAGAAUAUCGAUGAGCUGCACCGCAAGGCUGGCACCAAGAACCUUCUGGAAAUCCAUGGUAGCUUAUUUAAAACUCGAUGUACCUCUUGUGGAGUUGUGGCCGAGAAUUACAAGAGUCCAAUUUGUCCAGCUUUAUCAGGAACAGGUGCUCCAGAACCUGAAACUCAAGAAGCCAGAAUCCCAGUUGAGAAACUUCCGCGGUAGGAGCAGGGGGGCUGUUCAGGGAUACUCUCCAUUUUGUCCCAUCUAGCUUGGCUUUCCUUGCCCCUGCAACCACAGAUUUACCUGAAUUUAUGUAAGGUUUUCUGAAAAAUUGCUCCUUCUCCCUGUCUGUGGCCACGUGUGCAUUGCUCUGUGCUUGCCUUGCAGGUGGGCACUUCCUCUGUGGUGUACCCAGCCGCCAUGUUUGCCCCCCAGGUGUCUGCCAGGGGUGUGCCAGUGGCCGAGUUUAACAUGGAGACCACCCCCGCCACAAACAGAUUCAGGUUUCAUUUCCAGGGACCCUGUGGUUCAACUCUUCCUGAAGCGCUUGCCCGUCAUGAAAAUGAAACUGUUUCUUAAGUCUCCUAGGAAAGAGAAAAUACACUAUGUCUAAGAACUAG